AUGUUUUCGUCAACGUCUUUUGCUAAUAGCUCAGAUGAAACAUCACGUGAGCAGUCUGGUUCAAAUGAGGCCUCCCAAACUAGCCAGAGUGCAAAGUUCUUCCACAAACAAAUUUUGGACGAGACUCAAAAAAUGUCUCAAUGGAAAAUGAGAGCUGAGAUGGAAAUGAAAAACAAAUCUUCAAAAAUCGAAGAAUUGAUGAAUCAAAACGAUCGUUUGGAACGUGAAUUAAACGAAGAAAGACAAUCAAUUGAUGGUCUAAAAACUCAAAACCGAUGUCUUGAAAAAGACAUAGAUUUGAUCAAAAAUGAAGUAAGGCGGGCUCAAAAAGCAGUAGCAAUGAUGAAAUCUUUCGGCAAAACUGUAAAGACUUCUCUUGAAAAAGGCGAAGCGGCUAUUAAGAGAGUUGUUGAUGAAGAUAAUUUGAACAAUGAAGACCUAAAAGAGCUAACCACUGAAACAAAUAAGCUCAAAGCCUUGCAUAAAGAGCUGAAGUUCUCCUACGAGAAAAUGUGUAAUGAGGUCAAAAGUUUGAGCCUUGAAUGCGAAGAGCAAAAGCGUGAUUUUGAAAAAGCCAGAAAAGAAUUGAAACAGGAGAAUUCCGAGUUGGUCAAAGGUAUUUCAACUGCGCGUGGGCGUUGCGAGAAGCUUGAAUCGGUUAUCGCGAAAAAUAAAAGCGAGGUUAAAAGAUUGCGUGUUUCCUUGAGUGAAACAGCAAAAGAAUCAGAGAAACGACUGAAACGAGCUGCAGCUCUUUUCGAAGAAAACGAGCGGUGUCAAUCGAAAGAAGAGAUGUUAGUUGCCGAAGUGCGCAAGCUGGUCGAAGAAAGUAAAAACGGACAGUGGAUAUUGAAAGAAGGCUUGGAUCUUUCGAAAUUAGAAAAUGAGUACCGAGUUAGAGUUUUUUCAACUAUGAAAGAGGCGAUAGAGACUUCUGUUGAACAAUUGGAAUCCAAUGUUGCCUCUUAUGAUGCUAUUAACAGGUUUCUGCAAAACCUGGAAGUCGUACUUCGCAAGAAUUUCAACCAUUAUCAAAAAGAGUCUACCGGUUUGAAGGAAUUGAUGGCCGAUUUACUCGAAAAAAACUCAACCGAAGCUAUUGAAUUCAAUGAAAUUCAAAAUCAAUUGCUGAAACUUUGCAAAGAGCUUGAAAGCUCGAGAUUUGGGUUAGCUGAAGAAAAUUUGGUCUUGAAAAAAGAGAAUCAGCAGCUGGAAGAGGAACUGAAAAGCGUAAAAAGUGAGUUUGAGGGAGCGAUUGAACAAUUCAAUGUCGCCAAAGUUCAAAUGGAUCUCAUGUAUGACCAGGCCAUUAACGACCAAAAACGGAGCAUAGCUGAAUUAAUUGGGGCUAAAGAGAAAAUUACUGAUGUCGAGCAAGAACUUGUGAACGUUAAAGCGCUAAAUGAUUCUCUGACAUUGAAAAAUCAAAGUCUGACUGAUGAAAAUUUUGAGCUGCAAAAUUUAACAACUGAAACAGAGCAGAACUUGCUGCAAAGAUUUGAAAAUAUGAAAGUCGAAAACAGGGAACAAGUUGAAAAACUCCAAGAAGAAAUUGCGGUUCACGGAGAUGAGAUUAAACGUAAAGCUGACUUGUUAAAUGACCGCGAAAACGAAGUCGGUCAAAUAAGAGUUAAAUGUGAGGAGCUUCAGGACACUGUGAAGAAAUUAGUUGACGAUAAUGAAACCAUCAAAUUUGUAUACGAGGAAAGUUUUGCCGAAAAAUCAAUUCUAGAAUCAGAAAAGGAGAAAUUGCUGAGCCAUAAAGAAGAAUUACAAGCUAAACUGUCGGCAUUUGAAUCCAGUUUCCAAGAAUUUCAAGUGCAGAGUCGCUCGUUGGAAGUUGAGAACGUAAAGUUAGUCUCAGAAAAAGCUGCGGUCGAAAUCGAACUGUCAAAAGUGAAUCAAAGUAAAGCAGAUAUGGAGAACAAGUUAUCUGAACUUGUUUCGAUCAAUUCAAAUAUGGAAACAUAUCAAGUUAACCUUGAGGCUGAAAAACUGAACUUGUCACAGGAAAAAGCGAGUCUUGAGGAAAAAGUGGCAAAUUUGGAGGCAAUUGAAAGUGUGCGAGAGCACGCCCGCAACACGUUGGAGGCAGAAAAGUUGGAGCUUCAAAAAAAAUUUGACAAAAUUUGCGUCGACAAACAAAAAAUGGAAAAUGAACAUCAAUCUUUGCUGGCUAAAUGCGACCAGUUGAAUAUCAUUUGGGAACAAAGAAAUACUGAAUACGAAGAGUUACAUCUCAAAAACGAUUCGUUGAGAUCAGAAUUGGAUGAACUAAGAAUGAAAUUUGCAGUAAGUGAGGGCGACGUGCUUGGCGCGCAGAGGAUUGCAGAUGAAAUGCAAACUAAGUUUUUGGGUGAAAUUGAUAGUUUGAAAAAGAAAAUAGAAGAAAAAGACAGCCUUAUGGAAAUUCAAAAACAAGAGGCGGAUGAUAGUCUUGAACAACUUCGAUCAACUGGUCAGAAAAGAAUCGAACAGCUCAAUGCCGAAGUUAGAGAAGCGCGUAAUUUUCUGGAACUAGAAAAGAAGAAGCUUGAAGAAAAGUCAGUUGCGAGUGAACAGAAUCUGAACAAAUUUGAGGCUGAAAGAAUUGAAAUAGAAAAUAGCUUCAAAUUGAAAUUCAGUGAAAUGUCCGAAAUAAUCAAGAAGCUGAAGCUGGAAAAUGAGGAAAUCGCCGCUGAGGUGGAAAAAUUGAGAAUGCAGGAAUGUCCAAUUUUCACCAUGAAAAGCUUUAUUUAUUGUUCUUAUUAA